AUGCUUGAGGCCGCGAACGACGCGCUCGUGGUUUCGCUGAACGACAAGAUCAAUGCGGAGAAGCAGAAGGCGCGCGACAACCUCCGCAAGCUGAUGGAGGCAAAAAAGGAGGCCAAGGAGGCCGUCAGCGCGCGCGACGCGCUCGCGGCGCGGCUCGACGAGGCACUCGCGGCCAGAGACGCCGCGCCCGUCGCGGACGCCGACGUGACGAGGCGGCUCCUCGAGCGCGAGCUGGAGGUUGAGUCGCUCUCGCUCAGCCUCGCGGCGCUCUCGGCGGAGCGUGGCGUCGAGGAGCAGCUCGCCUCGUACGAGGCGCACAUCGCCCUGCUGAUGGCGCAGAACGACGCGCUCCGAGACCGGGCGGGCUUGUCGGCCGACGACCUCGUCCCCGUCGUCAUCGCCGCGCGCCACCAGAGCGGCGGCGGCGGCGACGCGGCCGGAGCCGUCGACCCAGAGGCACUCGCCGCGGCGGUGCAGUCGGCGAGGGACGAGGCAGCCGCGGAGGCGGCUGCGGCGGGCGCUGCCGCGCUGGCGGCGGCGGUGGAGGAGGCGAGGGCGGCGGGCGAGGCGGCCGUCGCAGCGGCGGUGGAGCAGGCGAGGGCGGCGGGCGAGGCGACCGUCGCCGCGGCGGUCGAGCAGGCGAGGGCCGAGGCGGCGGCAGAGGCGGCGGCAGAGGCGGCGGCAGAGGCGGCGGCCGGCGCCGGCGCUCUGGGCGCCGAGGCGGAGGCGGAGCUGGCGCGGCUUCGGGAGGAGGGUGAGGAGGCGCGGAGGCGCGCGGCCGAGGAGGUGCAGGCGGCCAGACUCGAGGCCGAGGCGGCGGCCGAGGCGGCGAUGGAGCUGGAGGCGGCGGCCGAGGCGGCGCGGCUCUCUGCCGAGGAGGAGCUGGCUGCGGCGGUCGAGGCGGCUCGAGUCCAGGCGUGCGGCGGGGCGGGCGGGCGAGGCGCCGCGCCCCUCGGGUGGGCGACCGACCGCGUCGAGGCGCGCGCAGCGGGGGAGAUGGCGGAGGCGCUUCGUGCGGCGGCGGCUCGCGCGGCGGCGGCGACAGAGGCCGCCGUCGCGGCGGCGGCGGAGGAGGCUGCGGCGGAGGCGCUCCUCCAGCGGGAAGAGGAGCAGGCCGCGGCUGUGGCGGCGGCGCAGUCGGAGAGCCAGCUCGAGGCCGCUUCGGCCGCCCUGCUCAGCGGCGAGCUCGAGCUGCUCAAGGGGCGGCUACAGGCGCUCGCCGGCGACAAGGCGACUGCGGAGGAGCUAGCGACUGCGGAGGAGCGGGCGGAGGCGAGCCAGGCGAGGCUGCUGGAGCAGGCGGAGGAGCUGGAGGCGCUGCGUGCGCAGCUGCAAGCCGAGGCGGCGAGGGGCGCAAGCCAGGAGGAGGAGGUCGCCAGGGCGGCGGAGGGUGAGCGGCGGGCGGCCGAGCUCCAGGCGCAGCUCGAUCAUCUGUCGGGCGAGCUGUCUGGCAAGGAGGCGGCGCUGGAUGGCCUGCGGGCAGAGGUGGAGAAGGAGAGGGAGCAGUCGGAGGCCGGCGACGCCGGUCAGAGGGUCGCCGAGCAGAGGGUCGCCGAGCUGGAGAGCCAGCUGGAGAAGCUCUCGGGGCAGCUCUCGAGCGCAGAGGCUGAAGUUGAGACGGCGCGGGCGGCGGCUGCGGCAGAGGCGGAGGCGGCUGCUGAGACGCGCACGGCGGCGGCUGCGGCGGCGGCGGCGGCGGCUGCGGCUGCGGCAGAGGCGGAGGCAGCUGCUGAAGCGCGAGCGGCGGCGGCGGUGGAGGCGGCGGUGAUUGCGGCGUCGCAGGAGGCUGCAGCCGCAGCACAGGCCGAGGCAGCAGGACGUGAGGGUGGCCAGGCGGCGGCGGUGGCGGAGGCGGUGGCGGCGGCGGUGGCGGCGGCGCGGGCGGAGGCUGCGGCGGCGGCGGCUGCGGCUGCGGCAGAGGCGGAGGCGGCUGCUGAAGCGCGAGCGGCGGCGGCGGUGGAGGCGGCGGUGAUUGCGGCGUCGCAGGAGGCUGCAGCCGCAGCACAGGCCGAGGCAGCAGGACGUGAGGGUGGCCAGGCGGCGGCGGUGGCGGAGGCGGUGGCGGCGGCGGUGGCGGCGGCGCGGGCGGAGGCUGCGGCGGCGGCGGCUGCGACUGCGGCAGAGGCGGAGGCGGCUGCUGAAGCGCGAGCGGCGGCGGCGGUGGAGGCGGCGGUGGAAGAAGCUGUGGCGGUGGCGACGAGAGAGGCGGCGGCGGCAGGCAGGGCCGAGGCGGAGGCGGAGGCGCGGGCGCUUGCAGCGGCUGCCGCGGAGGUGGCGGCGGCAGAGCGCUCCUCGGCGGUGGAGGCCGCCGUAGCGGCAGUCAAGGCAGAGGCGCGUGCCGAGGCGUCGGCGGAGGCGGAGGCGGCCGUGAAUCAGCUCCGCGAGGAGCAGUCGGAGGCGGUCGAGGCAGCCCUCGCGGAGCAGAGCCAAAUCGCGGAGAGGGAGGCCAAAGCCGCGCUCGAAGCGGCGGCGAGUGAGCGAGCGGCGGCCGUCGCCGCCGCCGUCGCGGAUGUGCAGCGCGAGGCGGCGGCCGCGCGUGAAGCUGCUGUGGCAGAGGCGACGGCCGCCGCCGCUUCCACGGCGAGGGCGGAGGCGAGGGCGGAGGCCGACAAGGCGGCGGCAGAGCGCGAGGUGCGCGAGCUGCAGGCUGGGGCGGCGGCCGGUGGCGAGGAGGCCAUUCGCGCCGCUGUCCUCGCUGCUGAGCAGGAGGCUGCGUCUGCAGCAGAGGCGGCAAUCGCGCAGGCCAAGGCGGAGGCGGUUGCGGCAAUGGCGGAGCGCGAGGCCGCCUUCUCGGCGGAGCAGGACGAGAUGUUUUCGACCAUCGCGAAGCUCGAGGAGGAGAAUGAGGCGCUCAAGGCUGCAGCCUCAUGA